AUGGACUCUUCCUCUUCCAUCUCCAUUCCCUCCUCCGACUCAUUCGCUGCCGCUGCCAGCCCCUACUUUGACUCUCUAUUUCGCCGGCGCCAGCAAAAGAAAAUGAGCAUCACCGAAACCUACUACCUAGCCCACACGGCCCGCAAGAAGCUCACCCGUGAAGCUUCCCGGGCCGACCACGACCUGCGCCUGCUGGUGGGCCACGCCAACCUCCUCGACUCGCUCAUGGUUGAUCUGGCCGAUGCCGAGCACGAGCAGGAACGCUGGUUCAACCAGACUGUCCACGGCGCCGCCAAAGCCCAGGACGAGCAACAACCAAAGCACAUCCAAUGGGCGACCACCACGAUUGUGGAGGAGCCUGAAGAGGACUGGGAUCCUGAGGAUGCCUCCGAUCUGGACUCCGACUACAGUGACGAAGACGAGGAUGAGGCCGACGAUGAUUAUGACGAGCGCGACUUCGUCAUCACCACCCCGCCGUCCCGGCGGCGCGCCCCCUCGCCGGUGGCAGUCAUCCACGAACAAGAAUUGAUGGAGGACGACGAUGAUGACGACACAGACUCAGAUUUCGAGUACGACGACGCGGAGGACCUGGACCAGCUGAGUCUCACUCGCACACCGUCGCGGGCGUCGCAGUCACCGCCCGAGUUGCUGGCCGACUCGGACGAUGAUUCGGAGGAUGAUAACCUGCCGCCCUCGCCGCCGCAGCCUACUAUCGAGGUCUUUGAUGAGAAGGCUGCCGCCGCCGCUGCUGUUGAGGCCACGGGCCUGUCGUCACUAAAGGACAAUCAUCUAUUCGAGGAGCAGGGGUAUUACGUUUCACCAUCACCAUCACACCAAGAGCAGACUCUCAUCGAGGCAUACUGA